GAAGUUUGUGUGUGAAGAAUACAAAGAGGAGUAUGGAUGAUUUGAAGAAGAGAAAGCUAGACGAAGCAGGGAAUGGUGAAUUUGCUUCCAAGGAAGAGCUUCGCUUCCUCAUUGAACCUCUUGCUAAACCACAGCUCGUCGAUCUUCUAGCUAAACUAGGGUCCCAAUAUCCUUCCAUUGCAGAAGAAAUAAAAAGUAUUGCAAGUGCAGAUCCUGCCCAUCGAAAGCUUUUUGUUCGUGGCUUGGCAUGGAAUACCACUUCAGAAACUUUGCGUGCUGCAUUUCAAGAGCACGGAGAAAUUGAGGAAGGAGCUGUGAUCUAUGAUAAAGCAACAGGAAAAUCUCGUGGCUAUGGAUUUAUCACUUUCAAAAAUAUGGAAUCAACUCAGCAGGCAUUGAGAGCCCCUAGCAAGUUAAUCGAUGGAAGAUUGGCUGUCUGUAAUUUAGCUUGUGAGGGUCUAAGCGGAACAAGUAGUGCUCCUGAUCUCUCCCUGAGGAAGCUUUAUAUUGGAAGCUUAUCCCCAGAAGUCACUAGUGAAAUGCUGCUUAACUAUUUUUUGAGGCAUGGUGAAAUAGAGGAAGGUUCGGUUGCAUAUGACAAGGAUACAAAUGAAUCACGUGGCUUUGGCUUUGUAACAUACAAGACGGCAGAGUCUGCAAAGAAGGCCAUAGAUGACUUAGAAAAGACUCUUGGGGGAAGGAAUAUAAUUGUAAAAUAUGCCGAUUUCAACAAAGGUAAAACUGGCCAGGCGCCAUUUCCUGCUGGAGUGGUUCCAAUGGCAGCCUUACCUAUGACCCCGGGAUAUAUGCAGCCUGGAAAAGCUCACGUGAGCUCCGGCCCCCCAAUCAAUUACAGUUACCCCCAAACUGUAGCACCAUAUUCUGCACCUCCUUAUCCAAACCAUCUCCCUGCACCCUCUCCUUAUUCAACACAAGGGCAGAUUCCUUAUCCUCCAGUUUCUGCAAAGAAAGACCAACAUGGGUUUCCGCCAACUCAACCUGUAGGAAUGAACAACUACCCUUAUUACUAUCCCAAGCAAUGAAUGUAACUAUGUGGAGAUUUUGGCACUCCUUUCUUUGCUUUCCUGUGCAAAUCUUUUUAGCCCUUAGUUACCUCUCAUGUCCUCAUCGCUUAUUAAUGCAGUUCUGCAACCUUUCUUUUGCAGCUUUUGAUAGCUCUUGUAGAAUUUUGACAUUCUUAUUACUUGUAAUAUUGACUAAAAAUUAUUUAUAUAAUUUAUUUCUGAAUUUUUUAAA